AUGACCACUAUAAAGCGCGCACGUCUAACCCGUGAUAGGCCUACUAUCCACCCUCCCCUCCCCUUCACAACAACAAUCCAUAAAACCCACUACCAAAAAAGCCCCAAAGAAUCCAAAGCCCCAGAAGCUCGGACAGCCCUCGGAAAGUCCUUCCCAACCUCUACCUCCAUCUUCCCAAUACAACUAACUCCCUCCAACAAAGCCGAACACGUCCUCACAACCUUAGACCAACUAGUAAGCUGGGCCCGCCAAUCCUCCUUCUGGCCCCUAAGCUUCGGCCUCGCCUGCUGCGCCGUCGAAAUGAUGCAAGUCUCCAUGCCCCACUACGACCAAGACCGGCUAGGAAUCAUCUUCCAGGCUUCCCCCCGCCAAUCCGACGUAAUGGUCGUCGCCGGCACGGUCACCAAUAAAAUGGGGCCCGCGCUGCUCCAAUGUUACGAUCAGAUGCCGGACCCAAGGUGGGCGAUUAGUAUGGGGAGCUGUGCGAAUGGGGGCGGGUAUUAUCAUUAUAGUUAG